AUGAUUUUAGCACAUGCUAGUGGACAUGGGAAACAAGCAGAAGAAUCUAAAGGAACAAUGAUGGGAGAGAUGAGGGGAGAUCUACUACCGAAAAAUUUAUCUAAGUCCGGCACAGAAGAAAAAAGUAUAGAAUAUAUUAAAACAUCUGUAGAAGAAUGUUCUCAACAAGAAAUUAGUAAAGUCACACCUGUUAACGCUGCUCAACCACCACCAACUGAGGCUGUUGAUGAAUCGUACGUAAUUGAUCAAUCAAAUAAUAACUUAAAUCAGAAUGGUAGGUCGCGUAAUGAUACAUGCAAACAACUGCAUUCUGCAGAAAAUAUUCAAAAUUUUGCUAGGCACUUAUUGACAAACUAUGGGAAUGCUGUUUACUUGGACAGAGAAACAGUAGAAAGAGUAGAAGUCACUGUCGAACCUGAGCCAAGGUAUAAUCGACUGAUAACUACAGCUGAAGCCGACAUAAUAGCAUCAGUCAUGGAUAAUACCGAUGGUAAACCGUACCAGUUUGCUAAGUUGUUAAAUUUAAGCCAAAUAGAUAUAAAUGAUAUCAAAUGUUACGCACAAUUAGCAGCGCGGUCUUCGAAACAUCUAUUAACGAUGAGGAACGUAAUUAUACACUGGCUAGAAAAACAAACGAGUGAAGAUAGUUCUCGUGAUUUAUUUCGUGCACUCAUAAAAAUGAAUGAGGUCGAAGUUGCAAGAAAGUUGAGAGAUAUGUUAGAGAAAAGAAUCACAAGCUCGGCAACUUAA